UUCGUGUACAAAUAGAAUUUUCACAAUACCUUAUUGAUCAAACCGAAAAGGGUAUGGUGCAAGUUAUUCCAUCCUAAAAUUAGACAAUAUCGAACAUUUUAAAACCUUUUUGAUAAUUUAAUAGACUGUUUUUAAACGCAUCCACCUUUGGUUCAUUCGUAUUUACAACUCCAUUGAUUCUUUUGGUUCUUCUCUAAAUCAUUUUCAUGACAUAACUAUCCAAGCACCUUUGUGUGUUGACAACUAUAAUGAUAAAUACCUACAUGAGUAGCUCAGUUGGUUGAGCGGUGAGAAACUUGGAAGAAUUAUCAAGGAUCGAAUCCCGCAACGGUCAUGUGAAUGUUACAGCUCCUACGUGAUGGGCUGUACUUCUGGUGCACAUGGGUACAAAGUCUAACACCAUUGAGUCGAUUGAGUCACCGUGACUCAGAACUUUCCAAAAGUCAUAUAGUGUGACGUGGAGAUCCUUAGGUUGGAGAUUAACCUUUUGGAAGAACUAUAACCACAAAACUUUGAAUUAGGGAGGCAAUAAUUUUGGAGAAGAGAGAGUGGUGGAGGACAAAUGCAUUAUCCAAACGCAUGUUAUUAUACAAAAAUGUACAAACACGCAAGCAAGCACCUAAUAACAACAAGUGCACACGACAAACAGAAGAAGCCUCAUUGAUUGCAUGCCUACCUCAUCGAUACUUCCAAAAACAGCAGGGUUCAUGCUCUUCCCCGCCCUCCAUUUUCUUACUCCCCCUGAGCUCUUCUUCUCCAUCUUCACCGACGUGGCUGCUACAACAUCUCUUUUUCGCCAUUUCUUCUUCCAUGGCUUCCAAGCGUUCUGUAGUUGACCUCGCCGCCGCAGAGGACCCGUCCUUUAAAAGGCAGUGCCAUUUCACUUCUCCGGCGGGACCCUCCCUCUCCGGCGAGAAAGACGACGAGGAUUACGGUAUGGCGGCACACACCGAGUCAGCUGGUCUGCAUUUGCUCGGUCUUCUGCUACAAUGCGCGGAGUGCGUCUCGGCGCAUGAUCUCCACAGCGCCGGCAAUCUAAUACCGGAGAUAUCGGAGCUAUCUUCUCCGUUCGGGUCGUCUGCUGAGCGCGUUGCCGCUUACUUCGCCGAAGCGCUCUCCGCGCGGAUCAUAAGCUCCUUUCUCGGCUCCUGCCGGCCGCCGCUCACCAUUGAAAACCUAACCAUAUCCCAAUCUAAAAAGCUCUUCGCCGCACUUCAGAUCUACAAUUCCGUCAGCCCUCUCGUCAAAUUCUCGCACUUCACGGCCAACCAGGCCAUCUUCCAGGCCCUUGAUGGAGAGGAUCAUGUCCACAUCAUCGACCUCGACAUCAUGCAGGGCCUGCAGUGGCCGGGACUGUUUCACAUCCUCGCCUCACGCAGGCGAAAGAUCCGGUCCAUCAAGAUAACCGGCGUGGGACCCUCAAUAGAGCUGCUCGAGUCCACCGGGCGGAGACUCGCAGAGUUCGCGAGCUCACUCGGGCUCCCUUUCGAGUUCCGGGCGCUGGAGGGCAAAAUCGGCAACCUAACGGACCCGAGCCAACUGGGUGGGGGGAGGGGUGAGACGACGGUGGUGCACUGGAUGCAACACAGGAUGUACGACGUGACCGGGAGCGAUUUAGGGACGCUGAGAUGGCUCACUCUCCUGAGGCCAAAGCUGAUCACGGUGGUGGAGCAGGACACGAGCGGUGGCGGGGCGAGUUUCCUGGGGAGGUUUGUGGAGGCUUUGCAUUAUUACUCGGCUUUGUUUGACGCGCUCGGGGAGGGAUUGGGCGAGGACAGCGUGGAGAGGCACACGGUGGAGCAGCAGCUGCUGGGGCGCGAGAUCAGGAACAUCCUGCAGGCCGUCGGGGAGCAGGAGGAGGCCAGGUGGUGCGAUGAGCUGCAACGGGUCGGGUUCAAGCCCGUUUCACUCACAGGUAGCCCGGCUGCCCAGGCAGGCCUUUUGCUCGGGAUGUUCCCUUGGAAAGGAUAUACUUUGGUGGAGGAAAAUGGGCGGUUGAGGUUGGGGUGGAAGGUUUUGCCAUUGUUGACCGCCUCUGCCUGGCGCCCGUCCCACAUUCAUUAGGUUUCACCCCCAAACCAUAGCCUCAAUUUAACAAAUCCGUCCCACAUUCAUUAGGUUUAGAGAUCGAAGAAACAACCAUCACACAGAUGCAAACAAUCAACACUGUGUAGUAGUGACGACUUAGUUGUUUACUCAUUCUUACAAAUGACAAUAAAUUCUUUUCAAACUUUUAUUUUGAAUUUUAUGUUUUCCUUAUUACAACAAAAAAAAUAUAUAAUCAAUAUCAUUUCAC